CCGGAAGAGAUGUCAGCUGGCCUUCUUCCAAGUAAAUAUUGAACAGAAGAUGCUAGCAGCUCCAAUGUCUCAUAUGACAAAAGGGCUACUCCUGCGAAAUCGGAGGAAAGAUGAAACCACAUGCUGUGUCGAAAAGAAUACGAUGUUACACUGAAAGUCCAUAGCCAUGGAUGGGAACAAUACAUUUCCCAGCUUUGUGGAUUUAGAUAAUUUUCUUACAAAACACAACUCCAACUUCAUUUGGCUCCUCGUGGCCACUAUUCUGUCCUGUGGAUGGAUUAUUUAUUUAACUUAUUACAACUCCCGCAACAUUGGCCUCAUCCUUACCCUGAUCAUCAACAGGCUCUACAAAGAUGGCUACAUUCAUAUUGGCUCCUUCUCUUUCUCUGUGCUGUCAGGGAAAGUCAUGUUCAGAGAUGUCUACUUCAUCAACCCGGAUAUGUCAAUCAGGAUACAAGAUGGAUUCCUUAUAUUCAAAUGGUGGAAAAUGUACAACCCAAAGCAAAAACAACAUGAUCCCAAAGCAGAAACCAGGCUCUAUGUGACAGUAAAUGGCUUUGAAUUUCAUGUCUACAAUCGGACUGACCUUUACGCAAGACUGCAGAAGACCUUUGGCCUGGAACCGACAUUAAUUCCACCCAAAAAAGAGGAAGAGGAACAGGAAGAAACCCUCGAAAGUGUGAACAUCAAAGCAGAGACUCCAGAUCCUUCGACAUCCUGGCGCUCCCUCAUCCCAGUUAUCAAAGUCAACAUCAGCACUGGACAUUUGGCUUUUGGGAAUCACCACCUACCCCAGACACUCUGUGUAUAUUUUGAAGAUGCCUUUUUGACCUACGCCACCAAACCUCCAUCAAGCCACCUCGACCAGUUCAUGCACAUCGUCAAAGGCUCUCUGGAAAAUGUCCGGGUCAUGUUGGUUCCUAGCCCACGUUACCUGGGCCUGCAGAAUGAUGAACCUCCAAGACUAAUGGGUGAAGGCUUUGUGGUCAUGCAAUCCAAUGAUGUUGACAUUUACUAUUACCAAGAUGAACCAGGUCUGGUCCCAGUGGAGCAGGAGGGUGAGGAGGAGGCAGAGACAUGCAGUGAGGACGACAAGCUCCAGGACCUGCCCCCCUGCUGGGGUCUGGACAUCGUGUGUGGCAAAGGCACUGAUUUUAACUAUGGCCCAUGGGCUGAUCGCCAGAGGGACUGCCUGUGGAAAUUCUUCCUGCCUGCUGACUUCCAGGCCAUGCAGGUGACAGAGGUGCCUCAGCCUGGGAAACCUCGGCAGAUCCAGGCCUUUGAGCUGCGCAUGAACAUCAUCGCUGAUGCCACCAUUGAUCUGCUUUUUACCAAAAACAGGGAAACCAAUGCCAUUCAUGUGAAUGUGGGAGCAGGCUCUUACCUGGAGGUCAAUAUACCUAUGACUGUAGGACAGACUGGUUACUCUCCCACCAUCAAAGGGCAGUUGCUUCAUGUGGAUGCCACAAGCAGUAUGCAGUACAGGACACUCCUUGAGGCAGAAAUGCUGGCAUUUCAUGUGAUCGCCAGCUAUCCCCGAGUUUGGAACAUGCCUCAGACGUGGCAGUGUGAGAUUGAGGUUUAUAAAGCGACAUACCACUUCAUUUAUGCUCAGAAAAACUUCUUCACUGACCUAAUUAAGGACUGGGCCAGUGACAGCGCACCUGAUAUCUAUUCCUUUGUGCCAUAUUCCUGGGCAUUUAAAAUUAUAUUUCAUCAAUUUGAGAUGCUCUGGGCUGCAAACCAGCACAACUGGAUUGAUUGUUCAACCAAACAGCAAGAGAAUGUGUACCUGGCUGCAUGUGGGGAAACCCUCAUUAUUGAUUUCACUCUGCCCUUCAAUGAAUUUGUUCCCACGACCUGCAAUACCCGUUUCAGUUUGAAGGCAGAGGAUACAGACAUGCGCCUUUCUCUGCCAGAGUGUCAUCCAAGUCGCUAUCCCCUCCUCACCUUGGCCAAAGACUACCAGAACGUGAAGCUGCCUCCAGACAUGUUUAUGACAGGAGAGAGCCAUGGGCCGCCCCCUCCCAAACCCAGCAAGCCCCGCUGGAGGAACAUCACCCACACCGAAGCUGGCUGGGUGGACUGUUGGAGCGUACCCAACUUCUUACUCAUCAUUGACUAUACCUGGCACCCUAUUUAUCCCCAGAAGGCUGAUGAGCAACUCAAACAAUCCUUUUCUGAGAUGGAGGAGUCCAUGCUGUCAGCACUGCGACCCCCAGAGCACUCGUCUGGACCCCACACUUCACAGCCCCGCCACACCCCUGCCACUGCCUCAAACGCCUACAGCCGCAUGCCCACAGACCCCUCAGAGCUUCCCCCUGACAGGCUGCAUGUAGAGAUGGAAAUGUCCCCUGACUCCCAAAUAAUUCUCUAUGGCCCUCUGCUCCGAGCACUGCUCGCCAUUAAGGAGAACUAUUUUGGAGAGGAUGACAUGUACACAGACUUUGAGGAGGCAGUGACCAGCCCCGUGUUGUCCACAGCUACCUCCUCAGGCCUGGGCUGGUCCCCUCUGGGGAUGGAGGACAGUGAGCACAAAGACACAGCUGACAUCCAUCCACUGGAUCUGCGGCCGUGGGACAUCACAGUGCUCAUUAACCUCUACAAAGUGCAUGGUCGACUGCCAAUUCAUUGCAGCAGCGAGGGCCCUGAAGGCCCAUCAGGCUUCUUGGAGCGGCUUUGUUUUGAGAUGAAGAAGGGCUAUAAGGAGACCAUGCUACAGCUGCUUCUGUCUCCCAUUCACAUUUUUGUCAGUGAUAACUACCAGAGGCCCACUGCGGAUGGGGUGCUGAGAGAUGGACACUUAAGUUUGUCAGGGAUGCAGAUGCGAGCACAUGCCAUGUUCUCUGCUCAGGGCCUUCCUUUGGGCAGUGACACACUGGAGUACGCCUGGCUCAUUGACAUGCAGGCAGGAGGCCUCACAGGCAGGAUCUCUGUUCCACAGCUGGCCAGUAUGGUAGAAUGGGGUGAAACUUUUAUUUUCCAUGUGAUGUCUCGAGAAUUCCAACUAGAGCAACCCAAACCCACUGUCAUCUGCCAGCAUGGUGUAGACCGUCGCACCUGUGACGCUAAGCUGACGUGCAUGCCUGGUCACUGCCGCACAUCAGAGGAGCUCAAGUACACUAUGACCCGACUUGCAAUGGAUGGAAUUGACCUCUUCAUUGUUGAGCAUGGAUGUGCUGCUAACAUUAAGACUGGUACUGUUCGGGUGGCAAAUUGCAACCUACAUAACCAAGCAGUUGGAGAGGGCAUCAGUGCGGUGGUACAGGACAUUAAUAUCCGGCAGUACAUUGAGCAGCAGCAGCAGUACUGUGAAGCCUCCAGACUGCAGCCUGCCGGUCAGAGCCAAGGUCCCGGGCAGCCACCAGGUCUGGGUCAGCCCCCUCUGCUGCGACGUUCUGUUUGGCUGGAGGCGGGUUCAGUCAACCUGAACCUCAUUACAGCAGACAUCGCCCUGGCCGCUGACCACCCAGCCAAAUGUGAAGUCCAGAGGCACUUUUUGGAGCUACACGAUACACAGACCAAAAGGCUCUGGUUUCUGUGGCCAGAAGAUGCUAGUGUUCGUAACAAGCGUGGCAGAAAUCGCUGUGGCUGUCUUGGAGGCUGCCGUUUCUUUGGAGGCACCAACAUGGGUUUGGACUUUUUCAGGCUUGAAGAGCUCACUCCUUCCUCCUCGUCUGCAUUCUCCUCCUCCAGCACUGAGACAGACAUGUCCUAUGGACAGUCCCUCCUGCAACCUGCAGAGUGGAUCAUUACCAAGGAAACCCCCAAAGUGGAUGGGAAGGUUGUAGGACUAAAGACAGAGACACACUCUCCUUGCAUCCCUCCUGAGGUGCCGGAGAGAAGAUGUCAGCAACAUCUGAAUCUACAGGUGCCUCAGCGCUCCCACAGCUCUGCAUCAUCUUCAGAAGAGAACAGCUCUUCGAGUGCCGCACUGCCCCUUUUGGCUGGAGAAAGAGACACCCCCUCUCCUAGCAUAGAGGAACGCAUGUUUACCAUAAACAGCAAAAGCCCUGCUGAGACCCUUGGAGAGGUACCAGAGGUCUCUCCAGUGUCUCCCAGUAACUCUCAGGACCGCUCCUCUGUGCGCUCACCUCUGUGCUCCCCUCUCAAGCGGCAGUCGUCAGUGCAUUCGGGUCGCCUGGGCAGCACAAAGAGUCUCUCGGCUGCCGUCUUCACAGAUAAACCUCCUGUGGUUUUGACUGGAGGUGUCCAGUUCAACAGUGAAGUGUCCCGCAGUGAUGAGAAUGUUCUGGAUUCGCCUCGUCAGCGGAGGAGUUAUGGCUCUUUUCCCUUCACACCAUCAGCCGACUCUAACACCUUCCAUCAGUAUCGUUCUGCAGACUCCAGCAUGUCUGUGGCUGACAGUGAAGCCUACUUCUCAGCUGCAGAGGACUUCGAGCCAAUCAGCAGCGCAGACGAGGGUCCGGGUACUUACCCCGGACGCAAGAAGAAGAGGAGACAGCCUCAGCCCCCACCACCAUACUACAUAGAAAGCUACAGUCGAACGUCCAUAUACCACAGUGUGGAAGGGCCUCUCACCUAUGUUCUCAAUGGGGAGCUGAUCACUGAGCCACGCCCACUGCCUUUACCUCCAACACUGCCUCCCCUGCCUCCACAUCCCCUCCCCAGCCACAUGUCCCAGGCCUCUUUUGUCUCCGCUCUGGCCAUGGAGGAGGAGAGCUCUGUGGAGGCUGAGAAGACCGCUGAAACUGGCCCUGUCACUCGCCAACCCCAUGUUAUGGCAUGCUACCAAAGCUACCUCGCCCAGUACCAGGUGUCUAAUUGGUCUGUCAAGCAGCCGACAAACAAGAGAACAUCUAAAUCUUCACUCCACCGUCCCUUAGACCUGGAUACACCCACCAGUGAAGAAAGUUCUGGAUCUUUUGACCAGCUCUCUGUUCCUUGUUUUAAGGUCAUUAAGCAGGGCCUUUCCGCCAGCUCACUAUUAGACAGAGGAGUUCAACUCAUGGGAGAUAACAACAGUACACCAUAUACUCCUCUGGAUAAACGGGCCAUGGAGAACACAGAUGAGGACACAAUGACUGAUGACUGGACUCUUGAGCAGCCUCUGGCCCAGACCAGGACAACUGCCAUUGUGGAGGUGAAAGGAGCCAUCAAUGUGGUGCUCACACCUCUUGUGGCAGAGUCUCUGGACAGGUACAUUGAGGCCAUGGUUCAUUUUGCCAGUAUCCGACAUCCUGCAGCGAUACUAGACGACCUGCAUGGCAAAGUUUUAAAUGAGGCGUAUCAGAUAAGCAAGUCCACUGUCACGGAGUCUAGCCAAACGGGGAAGCAGGAGCAUAAGCUGUCCAAGAGCGAGGCCGUGAACCCUAGCUCCCUGAGCGUUCCCCAAGGCCAGACUGAUCUGUCAGUCAAACCAGAUAAUGUGAAAAUCAAGGGCCUCCAGGCCAACGUCUCCAUCCCUAAGGUGAAACUUUGCCUUCUACAAGCUUCUGUUGAAGAAGGGUCUCCAUCCUGUUCCAGUAAAAGUGUCACGCAUGUGUCUCUUGUGGCACUCUGUUUUGAUCGGAUCGCCACCCAGUUCAGAAUGAACAGAGGGAUUGUGGAAGAGACCCCAAAUGCAACAGAACAUGGCCGACCCUCAGUCAUGCUAGAGAAGUACGCCUCAGCCACGAAAAUGCAGCCACAGUCUUCGGGCUCGCUGCGAUCGAAUGCAGGGAUUGAGAAAGGCAAAGAGAUUGCUGCUCGACUCAACAUCCAUCGCAUUCACAGUCAGCUCCGAGGCCUUGACUCGACAGACAUUGGUACCUGUGCCAUUACUGCAAUUCCUUUUGAGAAAUCCAAAGUGCUCUUUGGCCUGGAGGAAAUGGAGGAGUUUUCAGUGGUGGAUGAGACUGAUGCUCAGGGCACAGGAGGUGACCUGGGUCGCUCCAUGUCUUCACUGGAGAAAUGGGGAUGGAUUAUGUUUGAAUGUGGCAUUGAGAAUCUUACAGUCAAAGGUGGUCGACAAUCAGGUGCCAUCCUUUACAAUGCAUUUGGUGUGAUGGGUCCCACGGACACAGGAGGGAAAACAGGAACGUCAAAGUCUAAUGGAUCCACAGGUUCACAGACAGGCAGCGGUUACAGCACAGAUGUUUCAGAUGACAACCUGCCACAUGACCCCCUCAGCCCACCCUCUGAUGCCAACGAACACUCCGACUCUGAUGACCAGGAUGAAGGUGUUGAAUCAGAUGACCUCAAGAAAGACCUACCCCUCAUGCCUCCGCCUCCUGACUCCAGCAGCAUGAAACUGACCAUCCGAGAAAUCUGGUUCAGUUUCGCUGCUCCAACAAAUGUGCGCUCACCUUCACAAGCUAUUUCAAGGCAGCUCAAUCUACUUAGCACAGCUACACCUGCCAUUGGCGCCUGGUUGGUUCCCAUUGACCAGCUCAAGUCCUCCCUACGCAAACUGGACAUGGAAGGCACACUACGAAUCUGUGCAGUCAUGGGUUGUAUAAUGACCGAAGCUUUAGAGAAAAAAAGUAUUCACAUUCCAAUCCGGAGCAAAUACAACAGAGUUACCAAGAGAGCUCGGUAUCUGCACGAGAAUCCCUCAUGUAUGCUGUGUAACAUCUUGCAUCGCUAUCUGCAACAAGCAGACUAUUCCAUUAUUGAGGAGGCUACCAUGAAUGAUGGCGUUCCAGCACUAGUAACUCUAAAGAAGGGUCUUGUGGCAUUGGCAAGGCAAUGGAUGAAAUUUAUUGUAGUGACUCAGGGUUUCAAAGCCAUUGGUCUGAUGAGACCUAACCAGCUUGCCAAGCCAAAAGAACCUCAGCCAACGCUGGUAGAAACAGUCAUGGGCCUGGACAAUGGUGCUGCCCUGCAGAGUGACACCAGCGCUGAUGGAGCCGAGUUUGAAUUCGAUGCAGCCACAGUGAGUGAACACACCAUGUUGCUGGAUGGAUUGUGCAGCCGCCCGCCGCCUAAGGAAGCAAACACUGGUCCUGUCAGCGGAGUGGAAAUCAUGAGGAAGCUCUCAAAGUCCCACACACACAACGACUCCGGUCUCAGAAUAAAGGGUUCACAUCCGUACCAGUCGCUCAGUUACACCAGCGGUGACACGGCAGCAGACUCCCCGGCCCAUGUGAGUCGAGGGGGCUUACAGGCCAAGGACAGCCCCAGGAAGGAGAGUCUCCUGAGCAAUCUGACAGGCAGUUUUCGAAGCCUCCACAACUUACUUGAGGGCACACCACAGAGGAACGAACCGUCUACUGCAGCUGCCGCCAACACCAGCUCCCUCACUCGCACAGGGAACAGCCUUGGGACAGACAUGCUGACAGAACAUCCUCUGCUGUCGGCACCCUCUUCUGUAAGUUUUUAUAACUGGAUGUCCAAUGCAGUGGGCGGCAGGAGUGGAGGUAUCACGCAGGACUCACCAGCCACCCGCUCCCAGCACAACAGUUUACAAACAGGUGGGACCUGUAAUCUCCCCACCAUCCCUUCUGCAUCAGACUUCAACACAGUUUUAUCCAGUGACCAGAACACUUUGGACGGUACACAGUCACAGCAUUCCCAGCACAGCACCAGCCAGGAUGACAUUGAUGACAUUGAGGAGGGCAACCAGUGCCCAGCAGCUGUACAAUUGGCUGAUGCCCAGGUUGUUUUCAAACCCCUGCUAAACUACACUGGCAUACAGGCCCAGGAUGCUGCCCCUUUAAGUUAUAAAAUGUAUUUUGGAGAGCAUUUGUCUUUUUCUGGGAACCUUGAAUGUCUCCGAGCAGAUAUUGUUGAUUCUGACACAUCUAAAGAACGCAAGAGCAAAAGAUCCAGAAGACAAGGCAUGGUCAACCUCCCGCCUCUGGAGUUCAAACCAGCUUUGUUGAUCGAGACUUUCAGCCUGAACGCGGUUGUCAUGGAGAAGUCCACCAGCGCUCCACAGGGUCCCACUGCCGCCCCCCUGUCCUUCCAUGAUCUGAACCGACGUCACUACAAUACUUUCCACUGUGACUUCACCACCGCCUGCCAGGCCAUCAGCCAGAGAGUCGACAUGGCCCUAGUGCGCCUCAUCCACCAGUUCAGCACCAUGAUCGACGACAUCAAAGCUACGCAGACUGAUAUAAAGCUGAGUCGGUACACUGCAGGCUCAGCUUCUCCAACACCCACCUUCAAGGCCCGCCCUUACCGCCAUUUUAGGUCGUCUGACUUCAGCCGCAGCUCGAGGGGCAGCAUCAAUGGAGGGGGUCGGAGCGCCACACAAACAUUAAAGAAAAGGGGAGCGGCAGGUGCUGUGGCAGGAGGAGCGGGCAUGAGCGGAGGUCUGCCCCCAAAUGGACCUCCAUCAGGAAUGGACACGCUGGGCAGAAGAGAACCAAGAGGUCGAACUUCUCUGGGGCGUUCAGAGAGACGCACUUCUAAGGUGUCUCGAAAGGGUUCUCGUGACGUGGCAGACCACAUGGCGAUCCAGAUGGAUGACUCUGACUCUAUCACGGUGUCGGAGCAGAGUGAGCCAUCAGCCGAAUGUUGGCAGAACAUGUACAAGCUGUUAAACUUCUAUUCUCUCAUCUCUGAUCCAACUGGCAUCUUAGAGAAAAACUCCCCAGAGAACUGCCUUACAGAAAAUGGCCACAGAACUUCAGAGUCGUUUUGUAAAGUGAUUUUUGAAAAUGAGCAGCAGGAGCCCACCACACCUAACAAGCCGUCAGGAAGGAGGAGGAGUCUAGUGAGCUCAGAGCCGCAGCAUGUCACCCUCAUUGUGUUUGGGAUAGGCAUGGUCAAUAGGACCCACCUAGAGGCUGAUAUAGGAGGACUGACCAUGGAGGCGGAGCUCAAGAAGAUCCAUGGAAGUUUUACACUGAAGGAAAAGAUGAAAGAUAUCCUGCACCAGAAAAUGACUGAGACCUGUGCAUCAGCUCACAUAGGAGGAGUUAACAUAGUUCUAUUGGAGGGCAUUACACCAGACAUUCAAACGGUGGUAAAAUGUAACAUUGCCAAGUCUCAAGCGCUGUAUAGUGCACAGCGGGGACUGAAGACCAAUAAUGCUGCUGUUUUCAAAGUGGGGGCAAUCAUGAUCAAUAUCCCCCAGCAUCCAGCUACUUUGCACAGCAUGAUGGUCCGGAGCUCCCACCAGCUCUCCAAACAAAUCUCAGACCUCAUUCGCCAGCCCUCCAAUGCUCAGCCUCCAAACCGGGAGGACACACCCACUCCACAGCCCUCAGACAAAGCGUCCAGCAUCAAUCAGACGCCUGUAGAAGCCAAUGAGUUCCCCCAACUUCCUGAGGGCCUGGAGAAGAAGCCAAUAGUGCUUAAGUUUAGUGCCAUGAUGGAUGGUAUUACAAUUGGAGCUGCCCUGCUGCCAUCACUGAAGGCGGAGUACAAAAUGGGCCGCAUGAAGAGCCACGGAAUGACAGGGGCUCAAACCAGCUUCACUUUUGAACUGCCAAACCAUAAGCUCUGUUUCCAGUCCAAAGUGUCACCUGUGGACUUGUCCACUAUGCCUCCAUCAGCCAGUCUCACUCUGCCCCCUGUCACUAUGUCUGGAGAGUACAUAAUGGAGGACCAUGACACUCACUCAGACCAUGGGUGGGCACCUGAUGACUUUCCUACAAAGCAAGGAAACUAUUUGCAAGGAAACUACUUGCGCUGUGUAGCUGAGAUUGGUUCUUUUGAGCAUAAUCUGACCACAGACCUGCUCAACCACCUAGUUUUCCUGCAGAAGGUUUUCAUGAAGGAGGUCAAUGAGGUCAUUCAGAAAGUUUCAGGAGGAGAACAGCCCAUUCCUUUGUGGAAUGAACAUGACACCUCGACAGAUGCAGAUAAGCCAAAGAUUCUACUUUAUUCCGUUAGCCUCAUGUUUAAGGGCAUUCAGAUGACGGCCACUACUCCAUCCAUGCGAGCUGUACGCUUUGAGACUGGACUCAUUGAACUAGAGCUGUCCAACAGAAUCCAGUGCAAAGCCCAACCUGGUGGCAGCAGCAGUUAUCUGAAACUCUUUGGCAAAUGUCAAGUCGACCUGAACCUUGCUCUGGGACAGAUUGUCAGGCACCAGGUGUAUGAAGAAGCAGGAUCAGACUUCCAUCAGGUGGCAUACUUCAAAACCCGCAUUGGCCUGAGAAAUGCUCUGCAGGAGGAGAUCAGUGGCUCCUCGGACAAAGAGGCUGUCCUCAUCACACUCAACAGACCGAUAGUUUUCGCUCAGCCUGUGGCUUUUGACAGAGCGGUGCUGUUCUGGUUGAAUUACAAGGCGGCAUAUGACAACUGGAAUGAACAGCGCUUAGCUCUGAACAAGGACAUCCACAUGGCCACCAAAGAGGUGGUGGACAAACUGCCUGGGAUUCAGCAGACCUCAGCCCAGGCCUUCAGCACUCUCUUCCUGCAACUGACUGUCAAUGACCUGGGCAUCUGCCUGCCCAUCACCAGCUCCUCUCAGAGAGGACAAGUGCCAGUUACCGAGGCCAACAGCUCUGAACCUGGGACAAGCGCAUCAGUAGGCCGCCAAAAAUAUGCACGAAAAGCCAACCACAGCAUAGACUUCGACACCGGCUCAGCUCUGGUCCUGACCAUUGAGAGCACACUGAUCACUGCCUGCUCCUCUGAGUCUCUGGUGAGCAAAGGGCACUUCAAAAACUUCUGCAUUCGCUUUGCUGAGGGCUUUGAGACCUCCUGGGAUGACUGGAAGCCUGAAGUGCGAGGAGACUUGGUCAUGAAUGCAUGUGUUGUCCCUGAUGGCACAUAUGAAGUCUGUUCCAGAACUACGGGACAAGCUUCUGCAGGCAACAGCAGCGCGGGUACAUGGACAUUGAACGUCCUGUGGAAAAUGUGUGGCAUUGAUGUUCACAUGGACCCCAACAUUGGCAAGAGGCUCAAUGCUCUUGGCAACACUCUAACUUCGCUGACUGGAGAGGAGGAUGUCGAUGACAUCGGUGACCUCAAUUCAAUCAAUAUGGCUGACCUUUCUGACGAGGAUGAAGCUGACACCAUGUCUCCCCCCAUUCAUAUGAGCCCUGAGACCCCGUACAGCCCUCGGCUGACCCUAAGGAAACGUCUGGUAAACCACAUUCUGGGCCUGAGCCCCAGACCUCAGAGUGUGUCUGUCCCAGCUGACUACUUAAACUGUGCCUCACCUCGCCCAGCAGCGGGCACGGCCAGGUCCCAAAGACCUCUCUCCUGGGCCUGUGAAAGUGUGGACCCCAGGCGGCAGAUGGUUUUGGGGAACCAAGUGACUGAUGCCAGAGGGAGGAAGUUUACCAAGAGAGUGGUGGACAUCCGAGAACUGAAUGAACAGGCCAAAGUUAUUGAUGACCUCAAAAAACUGGGGGCCAGUGAAGGUACAAUCAACCAGGAAAUCCAGCGCUAUCAGCAACUGGAGUCCGUGGCUGUUAAUGACAUCAGGAGAGAUGUCCGAAAGAAACUGCGUCGCUCAAGCAUGAGGGCUGCCUCCCUGAAGGAUAAAUGGGGUCUCGGCUACAAACCCAGCUACAACAGGUCCAAAAGCAUCUCAGCCGCAGCAGGCAGACCACCGCUGAAGAGGAUGGACAGACAAAGCUCCAGAAUAGGAGAUGUGGAGGACUUUCCUGAUGUGAGGAUUGAUGUGGCUUCCCCUGCACCUCGGGUCACUUUCAACAUCCAAGACCCGUCUAAUAAUCAGGCCUCGGAUUCAACACCUGUCAGUCCAGGAGAAAUAUUUAAGUUCCCAGAGGAGGCAGAGCUGGACCUGUUGUCAGUCACCAUCGAUGACCCAUCCCAUUCAUCUCAUCUCCAUCCUCCAUCUCCAUCCACUGAGACACAUCGCUCGGUGUUCAGCGCUCCGGGCACUCCUGCUGUCUUCUCACCCACAAUUCCCUUCCAGCAUGAUGACUCCCGACGCGAUGACCUCUCCACUUCUUCGUCUGAGGACUCUGAAAAAGAGGAUGACUUUGAUAGAUUACCCAGCUAUCGACGGCCUAUCCCACCCUCCCACAGAAAGUCCUCAGGUUUCGUUAGUGUUAGUCAGCUGUUCUCAGAUCGCUGGCCGGGCACACCAACCAAUCGCAGCUUCAGUGGCACCGCGACGGAGCGCAACAUAGACUUUGAGCUGGACGUGCGUGUGGAGAUUGACAGCGGGAAGUGUGUUCUCCACCCCACUACUCCGCAGCCGGAGCACGAGGAUGUCUCCUUGAGGAGAAGCUGUGAGCGUAGUCUUAAGAGUUUGGAGCAAGACUCCCCUCCUAAGAAGAAGAAACUACAACCAACAUACACCUCCACCACUCAUCUCUUAGCCGGAAAGAAAAACCCCUCCUCUCUACAGACCAAAUCGAAUGACUUGGAGACCACAGUUUUUUACAUUCCAGGAGUAGACGUUAAGUUGCACUACAAUUCCAAGACGCUGAAGACGGACUCACCCAAUGCCUCACGUGGAUCCUCUCUCCCUCGCACACUCUCCAAAGAAUCAAAGUUAUUUGGUAUGAAAGAUAAUGGCCUUUCCAACCCUCCCAAUGCUGUCCAAAGCAAGACUAACUCGCUCCAACCUCCCCCGCCCCCACCUAUUCCAUCAGCCAAAGGUAAGGGUAGUGGAGGGGUGAAGACAGCUAAGUUGUAUGCAUGGGUGGCACUCCAAACUCUACCAGAGGAAAUGGUCAUCAGUCCUUGUCUGCUUGACUUCCUGGAAAAGGCCUUAGAGACUAUUCCUAUCACUCCUGUGGAUAGGAACUAUGCAGCAGUAGCCUCUCAGGAGGAUGAUGUGGGUCAGUUUGAUGCCGUGGACCCAUUGGAAGAAUCCACUACUUCUCUUGUUUCUUCGUCUACGUCUGCCUACUCCUCUUUCCCUGUUGAUGUUGUAGUUUAUGUCAGAGUUCAGCCCUCACAAAUUCGGUUUAGCUGUUUGCCCAUGUCCAGAGUGGAGUGCAUGCUCAAACUGCCGUCCUUAGACCUGGUCUUCUCUUCAAACCGUGGAGAGUUGGAGCUUCCAUCAGGACCCCAUCCCACAGAGGCAGCCCACCCUCCCUCCUCCACCCCUCCUGGGCAGCAUGUACCAAAGAUACCCCCCAGCAAAGCGUCUCCUCUGCUGGGGAGCCCUCUGGGCAGGAGCCGCCACAGCAGCAGUCAGUCAGACCUGACUGGCCCCCCCAGUAACUCCUCCGGCCUCAGCUUCACUGCCUGCAUGUCGGACUUCUCCCUGUACGUCUUCCACCCCUACGGCGCUGGGAAACAGAAAUCUGCAGUCACAGGGUUGCCUCCAGGCCCAGGACCCCUAGGCACAGUGGAUGAGGAGCCAUCUUCAGUCACAGGAAGAAAAGACUCCCUGAGCAUCAAUCUGGAGUUUGUCAAAGUCAGCUUAUCCAGGAUGAGGCGCACCGGGGGCCCCAUGCUGAUCGAGAGCUUCAUCCCAGCCAAGGGGGGCAAGAUAGACACCACUCUCAUCAAUAUUUCAGCUGUGUGCGACAUUGGCUCUGCUUCCUUCAAAUACGACAUGCGGCGGCUGGGUGAGAUCCUGGCCUUUCCUAAAGCCUGGUAUCGCAGGAGUAUUGCCAGGCGUCUGUUUUUAGGAGACCAGACCAUAAACCUGCCAGCCUCUGGCCCUGCGACCCCUGACUCUGCUGAAACGCAGCACCUGUCACCUGAGUCUAGUCGAAAGGCUUACUGGAGGACGUGGGACGGCAGCAGCGGGGCACACGCCCCUCAGUCUCCAAAUGUGUUUUCGGAGCAUUCCACAGGAAGUAACAUGUCUCCUGCCCUCAGCCACCUCAAGUCACCCGGGCCGGGACGCACAAGAAGCGUGUCUGACUCCUCUGCUCCAAGGAGAGAUUCAGUGUCAAAAACCUCGACUCCAUCCUUCGGCAAAAAUGGAAAGACCACCGGGCAGCAGGGGGCGCCAUGGGAGACCCUUGUAGUGUUUGCCAUCAACUUGAAACAGCUCACUGUGCAAAUGAACAUGAGCAAUGUUAUGGGAAACAACACCUGGACGACCAGUGGACUGAAGAGCCAGGGCCGUCUGUCUGUGGGCAGUAACCGAGACCGUGAGAUCAGCAUGAGCGUUGGCCUGGGACGUUCCAAACUGGACUCUAAGGGCGGAGUGGUGGGUGGCAACAUAGAUGUCAACACCCUGGAGAUGGUCUCUCAUAUCUCUGAACACCCAAACCAGCAGCCAAGCCAUAAAAUCCAGAUCACCAUGGGGUCAACUGAGGCACGAGUGGAUUAUAUGGGCUCCAGCAUUCUAAUGGGUGUUUUCAGUAAUGCCGAUUUACAACUGCAGGACGAAUGGAAGGUCAACCUCUGCACUGUGGACACCAGCAUGUCGGAGAAAAGUGAGAUCUUCAUCCAUGGAGACUUGCACUGGGACAUUUUCCAGGUGAUCAUUUCACGCUCCACCACUCCGGAUCUCAUCAAGAUUGGCAUGAAGCUGCAGGAGUUUUUCACUCAGCAGUUUGACACCAGCAAACGGGCUCUUUCCACCUGGGGCCCUGGACCCUACCCGCCUCCAAAAACCCCCGUCAUCAACAAUGAGAAAGGCACCGCCGAGCUCUAUCUGGAUGCAGCUCACCACCGACACUGGCCAGGGGUGCUGAAGGUGGUCGCAGGCUGCCACAUCUCACUGUUCCAGAUGCCUCUGCCCGAGGACGCCGUGCAGCUGGGAGGGUCCAUGAGUCUCCACGGCAACCACAUGACCCUGGCCUGUUUUCACGGGCCUAACUUCCGCUCAAAGUCAUGGGCUUUGUUCCACCUGGAGGAGCCCAACAUCACCUUCUGUACUGAGGCACAGAAGAUCUGGGAGGAUGGUUCUAAAGAUGAUUCUACGUACGUCGUUCAAACACUGGAUUUCCACCUUGGUCACAACACCAUGGUAACCAAACCCUGUGGAGCACUUGAAAGUCCGAUGGCUACAAUCACCAAAAUCACCAGACGACGGCAUGAAAACCCACCACAUGGUGUCGCCACUGUUAAAGAAUGGUUCAACUAUGUCACUGCCAUGAGGAAUGAAGAGUUAAACCUGCUGAGGAACGUUGAGGCCAACAAUCAGGAGAAUGGGGCCACUGCCAAAAGCUCCAGUCUUCUGAGCAGCUUUCGCGGCUCCUCCAGCUACAACCACGAGACAGAGACUAUCUUCGCUCUUCCCAGAAUGCAACUGGACUUCAAGUCAACACAUGUGCAGGACCCAGAGGAGCCUACUUUAUCAGAUGCCAACAGUAAGCCCAAAGUGGAGUGCAGCGUGGUGACAGAAUUCACAGACCACAUCUGUGUUACCAUGGAUGCGGAGCUCAUCAUGUUCCUCCAUGACCUUGUCUCUGCUUACCUCAAGGAGAAGGAGAAAGCGCUGUUUGCCCCACGGAUGUUUGCAACGCGGCCCGGACAGAAGAGUCCCACUGCCCUCCACGAUGAGAGCUCCUCAGAUAAAGACAAGGACGACAGCUCCAACUACACCACCGUGGACUGGAGAGAGUUCAUGUGCAACACAUGGCACCUGGAGCCCACACUCAGACUCAUUUCCUGGACUGGGCGUAAAAUCGACCCUGUUGGUGUGGACUACAUCCUGCAGAAGCUGGGCUUUCAUCAUGCAAGGACUACAAUUCCCAAGUGGCUGCAAAGAGGAGUGAUGGACCCUCUGGACAAGGUCCUGUCUGUGCUCAUCAAAAAGCUGGGCACUGCUCUGCAGGACGAGAAGGAGAAGAAAGGUCAGCGAGAUAAAGAAGAACACUAGCAUAUUCACUGCAAUGGAAUGUUCUCAACAGUCAUACACUGAAACUACAGGAGCCACUAAAGGACCAUAUUAAACGUGAAUUUCAGCUUAGUUCACUGUGGGACAUGCCACUACAGCUCUGACUGAACUUUUUGCACCUACUGUAUGUUUUUGUGUAUAUUUGGAACAAAGUAGCAGAUGGUAGUAUUAUUUGACCGCUUUAAUGGUGAGACCCACCUCUUGUAAAUUAUCUUAAUGAAUUGCUCAAGGCUUGCAACUAUUUCAUCCGAGAUGAUUUUGAAACCAUUGCCUUUUCUUUGUUUCCCAUGGAACACAUGCUUCAAUAUGUGUUAUGUUCUGUAUAGUGUAGGUUUAGCCUAUUUAAGAACACGUUGAUGAUUUUGUUACAAUGAACAAAGAUGUCCUGGAAGCACAUCAUCCAAGUGAGGAUGCCAUGACGACCUGUUAUCAUUAUUAUUUAGAUCCGGUUCUUUAUUUAAGGGUAGGCAAGUGCAAUGUUAACAUGUAUGUAUAAGCUUGGUGUGACAAGCUAAUGUUUGUCUUUUUUAAUCUUAACAGUAGAACCACUGUACAUAUUGUAAUUUCCUAACUCAAUAAAAUGCCAUUUGAUUUUA